ACCAAAGUUUCUGGAAUGCGAAAGAACAAAGUACCAAGAAUAUUCGCUAAAAUAUUGUAUUCCUGGCCUCUUUUAAAAUAAUUCUCACUCUUUUGGAGUUCCCUGUAUUAGUAUUCUGUCCCUCGACGAAAGAACCAAGACUUGGGGUCAAACUUUUUGAAGAAAAAUCUAGAAAACAUCGCUAUUUUACGUUCGUGUGGAAGAAGACGUCCAAAGAAAAAUAUUUCGAACUUUUCCAUGAAGUCAUCGUUUUACGACAGAGAAGACGAAGUGCUUGAUAAUGAAGAAUCUAAACCGCCAAUUACAGAGAAGACAUUUAAGAUUAUUAUUAUUGGAGACAGCAACGUCGGAAAGACUUGUUUGGCGCAUAGGUUUUGUACUGGAAGAUUUCCUAAUAGGACUGAGACUACGAUAGGAGUCGACUUCUGGGAGAAACAAAUACAGAUUGGAUCGGAUACUGUUAAGAUGCAAUUAUGGGAUACUGCGGGCCAGGAAAGGUUUCGAAAAAGCAUGGUAUCCCAUUAUUAUCGCAACGUAAGUGCAGUCGUUUUCAUGUACGACAUAACUCGCAAAUCAUCCUUCGAAGGAAUGAGCAACUGGUUAUAUGAAUAUGGACAGUUCUCCGAAGCACCGGAUGUACCCAGAAUUCUGAUUGGAAAUAAAUGUGAUUUAGGGAACUUAAGAACUGUAAAUUCAAAUGAAGCUCGGAAGUUUGCUGAUUCAUAUAACAUGCCUUUGUGGGAGAUAUCAACCAAAAACAAUGAGGAACUAGAAACCAUAGACUCAAUAUUCCUCACAUUAGCACAUAAACUUGUGAAGGAUAAACCUAUUAUGAAGAGAGGAGAAGGCUUGGCAGAAAUCAUUAGUGCUGAUGGGGGAAAAACAAGCAAGCGGCAUUCGUCAAAGAAAAGGUCAAAACGCAUAAAACUGCAAGGAAAGGAAAAGCAGGAUAAAAAGAAGUGUUGCGAAUCACACUAAUUAUGAAAUUACUUUGUACAUACUUCUAUUUAGACUCUGUAAAAUUUAAAUCUUAGUAUUGCCAUUUUAUUUCAUUCCAAUUAUUUACUAGACAUUAAUUAUUGAAAUUAUUUGAAGGGACCAAGGUUCAUUCUGUCAUAUUUGAUUUGACUUGAGACUUUCACAUUCAUUAUUUACUACAUUGCAAAACCUUGAAUGACUUCCAUAUAGUGUGUUCCUUGAUUUUAACAUGGCUAAGUUAGCUAAAAGCCAGUGCCUGCUGACAGCUUUGGGUAAAACAAAAUAAAUGUAACACCAAUUUAAACCAA